CAUAACUUCAGCAGAAACACGGAAGCGGAAGUAGCUUGAGAAGAAUGAUGGUGCACUAAACUGUCAGUUACAUUUGUUUACAUCAGUCUUUAUUUUCGCUUUUUGGUGAAAGCCACGCACUGGCUUACAGUGGGGCAUUUCAAUCCCGUUCAGUACUCGAGCAUAAAGAGGAGAUUUUCCAUCGUAACGGUGGAAAUGAGGAGCUUUGUUUCCGGUGUUUUGUUUCUGCACUUCUUGCUGUUGAUUAUACCUCACAUCAGCUGCUGGAAUGACGAGGCCGUGUUACUGCGUGAUGUUCAGGUGCUCACGCUCAACAGAGGACGCUACACCACUGCACGGCGCUCCAGUCCUGUCCCACAGCUGCAGUGUGUCGGAGGAUCCGCUGGCUGUGGAUCAUUCGUUCCUGAGGUGGUCCAGUGUUACAACAGAGGAUCAGACGGCAUAGACACACAGUGGGAAUGCAAGGCCGACAUGGACAACGCAUACAGGUUUGGCCGCGUGGAGGUCUCCUGUGAAGGCUAUAACAGUCCCAAUGACGCGUAUGUGCUGAGAGGCUCCUGUGGUCUGGAGUACACGCUGGAGCUCACGGCAGAAGGGAGGCAGCAGCACACACACGGCUCCAGGGGCUCGUCUGGCUUCUCAGACUUUGCCUCAAACUUCUUCCAAGGCUUUUCCAACAAUAAGCAGCAGCAGCAGAGCGGAGGCCAUUCUCAGCAGUCUAAUGGCCAGUAUCCCUACCAGAAUGGCCCGUCUGGUGAUGGAGUGGGUGGGCUUAUAGUGGUAGCUUUCCUUUUGGUGGUGGCAUAUGCUGUAUACAAGAUGUUUCUGUGCAGUCCUACUCACGGCCACCAAGGUUACAGUGGAGAUGGACCCCAGGGAUACAGCGGGACAUGGGAUAACAGCCAGGGUACGGAGCCGCCUCCGCCUGGAUUCAAACCGGAUUAUUACUCAGCAGAUCACUCCAACUCAAGGCCCGGGUAUGGCUUUUCUGAUGAAUACACCAAACCUCAGAGUUCUUGGACCGGUUUCACUGGUGGAAACACUGGAGGACACACUGGUGGACGUGGUGGGGGUGGAUUCUGGACUGGAAUGGGCACAGGUGGAAUUCUGGGGUAUUUGUUUGGGAAUCAGAGACGCCAGCCACCCAUGGGCUCCGCUGGACCAUCUUACACCACCACACCUUCUCCAGCACCAAAAACAAGCUCAGGAACACGCACCGCCUCAGGUUUUGGAGGAACUAAAAGAAGAUGAUUGAGCAACCUCAGUUCUCAGAUUGGACAUGAUCAACAGACAUAUUACGACUUUUUAUUCAUACUACUGUUCAUUUAUUGCCCAAGACUAAACUAGAUAGCUUUAAUUGAUUGGAUUGAUUUAUUGCUGUUCUCUCAAAACAACUUGCAUUUUUUAUUAUUAUUAUGUGCUUCACUAUGGGUUUAAAAAAACAACACACCCAAAUACAACUGAUCUUACUGUUUAUUAAGAGUUUAAGGUUAUUUAAAAACUGUGGAUAAAUAUUCUGUAAAUUUUUAAAGUCAACAUUAAAUAAAAAAUGGACCCUAUUGACUUUCUUAAUGCAAGUUCUUAGCCCUAUGAUUUGCCCAUAAUAUUACAAAGAAAAAAUGUCUUCUAAUAAAAAAAAAAUAUAUAUAUAAAAAUAAAUAUAUAUAUAUAUAUAUAUUUAUUAUUAUUAUUUAUUUAUUUUUUGUAAUCCGAUUCAGUUCCGACUCCAUUCUGGUAUAGACAAUCUAAUAAAUUUACAAUGAAAAAGUUAUUGGAGAAAUUUAAUGCUGAAAUAUGAAAAAAACAAAAGGGUUGCAAAUGCAAUUUAAAGUGGACUUUUUUUUCUUGAUAAAACCGUUCUAAACAAAAGCUUGUAAAAUUAUUAUUAUUAUUUGUGUGUGUAUGAGAGAUUACUGGUCAUACUGUGAUAAAGUUCUUAGCCACUGGCUGUUGUGAAAACGUUCUCAUUCUUUAAGGCAUAAUGUGUCUAUUGGCUCACUCUAUUACGUAUUGCUUGCUUUUUGAUAUUAAAAUUCAGAUUUGUUAAA